AUGGCGCGUGCAGUUUGUUGCAUGGUCGUCGCUUGCAUCUUCUUGGUGCAAUGCGUUUACUCUGCCAAAUUCGAUGCAGAGAAUCGUCGUCUUAUACUCGAUAUAAACGAUCAAAAGACAACGAAUCAACAAUAUUAUUCCUCUAACUUUGACACAAACGCCUAUCGUUAUGGCUAUGAUGUGGGAAAGACAGGGAACUUCCAUCACGAGACCCGUGGACCCGAUGGCGUCACCUAUGGCUGCUACGGCCUGAUCGAUCCCUACCAUCUGCUCCGUGCCACACACUAUGUGGCCGAUGCCCAUGGCUAUAGGACAGUAGAGCCGGAGAAGCCCGUCGAGACCUUCCCCCCACAUCUGUACAAUGAGACGGAUGGUGGUCCCUCGGCGCCAGGAAUUCUGCUGCAGUGGCACGAACUCUACUUCCCCAUUGGAUGCGGCAAGUUUGCCAACGGCGCCCAGUCGGGUGUGCCCUACUUUGUGGAGAAUGAUUAUAAGAAAAAGGAGGGUAGCAAGGAUGCCAUACCCUCGUUCUCGGUGAACAUUCCGGUACUGAAGGGCUCCGACCAGAAGAGUCUGCCCAUCCACAAGCCAACGGGUCCGCUGGUGCCCCAGGGCACAGGGCUCUUCGGCACCGACAAGGGACACACGCAUCGCGAGUAUCCUGGGGAUCAGGCGCCAUCCUUCCACUCUGUGAACACCCUGCUUCCGGGCAGCAACAAUGAUGGCCAAUACAAGCCGGAUAGCAAUCCUUAUAACCAUGUGGUUGGCUCCAACGGAGGCAACGGCGGAAAUGGCGGCAAUGGCGGCAGCGGCUCAGGAGGCGGCAAUGGCGGCAAUGGAGGAUUCGGUGGCUUUGGACCCAACGGUCCUGGCGGUCCUGGCGGUCCAAACGGACCCAAUGGACCCAAGGGGCCGUUUGGUCCCCCUGGACCCCCAGGACCCUUGGGCCCUGUCGGCGCGGGAGGCGGAGCCUCAGGAAAACCGGUAUACAAGGAUGGAGAUCGCACAGGCCUGGGAUCGGGUCAAUAUAAUGCCAAUGGCGACGCUACUGGUCCCGGCAGCGGCUCCGGUUUCGGCUCUGGCGAUCGCUAUAGCCCUGGCAAUGGCAACGGCGUCGGUGCUGGCGAUCGCUAUAGCACGGGCAGUGGUGCUGGAGUCGGUGCUGGCAGUGGCUAUCGUCCUGGCGAUGAGGGUACCUACACGAGCACCUACACGCACACCGAUACCGGUUUUCCUGGGGCCAUUGGAUACGUAUCAGGCAACGGUAAAUAUAGAGGUGAAGAUGGACGUUACAAAGGUAUUAAUGAUGGCAAAUAUUAUCACGAUGAUUCGGGCAAAUAUGUUCACGUUGAAGGCCCCACCGGUCCGCCAGCACCUCCGUAUGUCCACAUUGUUGGACCCGAGGGCGGCUACGGCGGCGAGGGCGGCAACGGCGGCAAUGGCGACGGCGGCGGUGUAGGACCCAACGGUCCCAACGGCCCUGGAGGACCCAAGGGACCUGGAGGCCCGAAAGGACCACCCGGCCCCAACGGACCACCCGGCCCACCUGGACCACCAGGAAAUCCAGGACCUCCCGGACCCAAUGGACCUACUAGACCCGGACCUAAAGGACCCUUUGGACCUCCCGGCCCACCCGGACCUCAGGGGCCAACCAGGCCAGGACCAUAUGGACCUCCCGGCCCACCCGGCCCCACUCGUCCAGGACCACCAGGGCCACCGGGACCCCAACGCCCAGGACCUCCCGGCCCACCCGGACCCGGUCGCCCUGGCCCACCCGGACCCGACCGCCCGGGACCACCCGGACCCGACCGCCCAGGACCACCGGGGCCACCACCACCAAACGGCAACCGUGUACCGCCCACCGAUCCCAGGCAUUCGGACAAGGACACACCCGGAUACCUGCCGCCAGAUCAACCGGCCAAAGGUCCCGGCUAUCAUUAUUGAGAAGGAUAAUAAGCCACCAGUAACAAUCGCGGCGACACCUGUGUCUGCAACGAUAAGACGCACCACUCAUCGAAAACCACUCAAAGCACCACAAGC